UGACUUGCAUUGAACGCCUUUGAUGAGUGGGCACACAAAUGACACAAAAACAGUCAAUUUGUCACUACAACAUGACAAGUCCAUCCCGUCACGUUUCCGACUCCCUAUGUGUUGCUACUUGAACUCCAAUUUCGAUUUUGGCAAUCUUUGUCACGAGCGCACAUUUUUUUCACCCACAAUUCUAUCUGCGAUUUGCUCUGAAUUGGGGUUCAUUUCUCUCCUUCAUAACACAAAUCAAUUUCACUUCGAUUAUGGCUUUAAAUAUAGAGUCUUUGGCUGAGGCAACUUCUGGGGCAAUAGGAUCUUUGCUAAGCACCACUAUAUUGUAUCCUUUGGAUACUUGCAAGACCAAGUACCAAGCUGAACUUCGAGUUCAUGGUCUCGCCAAAUACAGGAAUACUCUUGAUGUCUUGUUGGAGGCCAUUUCUUCUCGGCAAUUUUUUUCACUCUAUCAGGGUCUUGGGACAAAGAAUGUGCAGUCUUUUGUGUCGUCUUUUAUUUACUUCUAUGGAUAUGAUUUCUUCAAGAAACUAUACUUGAAGAAAAGUGGAUUUAAAUCCAUUGGAACAAGAGCUAACUUAAUAAUUGCUGUUGUAGCGGGGGCAUUUACAGUCAUAAUAACCCAGCCUCUAGAUACAGCAGCUUCAAGAAUGCAAACUAGUGCUUUUGGGAAAUCCAAGGGAUUCUGGAAAACCCUCUCGGAGGGCACCUGGAGUGAAGCAUUUGAUGGUCUAGGAAUAUCUAUCAUUCUCACUUCAAAUCCCGCAAUUCAGUACACGGCCUUUGAUCAAUUUAAACAAAGAAUGCUGAAGAACAAGAUGAAAAGCAAUAGAGGGGUGGAAUCAAGUCCAGAAUCUCUUUCUGCUUUUUCGGCUUUUGUUUUGGGGGCAGUCUCAAAAUGUUUUGCCACCUGCAUCACUUAUCCGUUAAUAAGGUGUAAAGUCAUGAUACAAUCUGCUGAAUCAGAAGGAGAUGCUGAGGAUGAAGCUGAGUUAAAAGCCCGAAAAACUAUCUCUGGAUCGCUUCAUGCCAUAUGGAAAAAGGAAGGGCUAAUGGGAUUCUUUAAAGGGUUACAGCCUCAGAUCCUGAAAACUGUUCUAAGCUCAGCACUGCUUUUGAUGAUAAAGGAGAAAAUCGCAAAAACCACAUGGGUUCUGCUUUUAGCAGUAAGGAGAUAUCUGUUCCUAACGAGAACCAGACUAAAGAGCUCUUGAAAUUCUCUUAGAAGAGAUGCUUUCAUAUGUAACAAUGCAAUUAGCUCGUAGGUCCUUGUUCGAGACAUGGAGCCACCUUGCACACAAAUAAAAUGUUUCAUCUGAUAGCGUAAUUAUCUUUCAGUAUCUUAGUUGAAAUGGUAUGUUUCAGAUUAUAUUUUUACGUCUUCUUUCUGUAUACAGUAAUUAUGAUAUUUUUGUUGUGUCUUUUUCAAGUUCUACUAUACAAAUACUAAGGAAUGUAAAGAUUUAGUUAUAUUUCUGCUUCUGUCUGCUUUUGAUCUCCAUGUA